AUGGGACCCGGAUUGGGAAUUCGCGUGGAACGAGUUCCUCUCCGCGCCCUUCCGCGCGCUGGGGGGGCUGCGCGCGCACGGGGGGGGCUGCGCGGUACUUCUCCAGGGGUUUGCGGAGCUGCGCGCGUUCUCCGACGCGAACGCGCGCCUGGCGCACGUGGUGUCCCUGGCGCGGCGGAGCAGGCUGCAUCCAGGGACGCGGUACCUGGCGCGCGGAAUCAACACAGCUGCCGGGACAGGCAACGAGGACAGCCGGGACCUCCAGUGGAGUAUUCAACGUUUAUAUGGCGGCGGGGGACAGUGCCCAUAUGGUGGGGGGCGGAGAUCAAAUCGUCUAUCCAGGAUGCGGAGAUAUUCGUAGCGGAGACUCAGGCAGAAGGGAUUGCUCCGUACUUUGCCCGGUUGUUACGACGCUACUCCCCCUCCUCUCUCUCCUCUGACCCCUCCUCCUCUUACUCCUCUCACUCCUCUCGCUCCACCUCUCAAUCCUCCUCUCAUCCCUCCUCUCUCGCCGCCCUCCCGCCGCCCCGGAAGUUUCCCAUAGUGUGCGUGAACCUGCUCCGCAUUGGGGUCGGCAAACCCGAGCUUCUUCUCUCCGACCACUUCCAGGAAGCCGUCCGCUCUGCGCGCUGCCGCCCGGAGCUGCGGGCGGCGUCGCUCGACUUAUUCACGUACGACUGGCACGCGAUGACCAGGGCGGUGGGGGAGGCGGCGACUGUGGAGGGGCUGUGGCAGCGGCUUAAGGUGUCUCUGCAAGGGAUCGGGUUCACCCUGGGGAGGUGGCACCCAGGGGAGGUGAUAACUGGAGGAGGGGCGGCAGUUGGGGGAGGGGCAGUAGGUGGGAAUGCGAGAGGGGGGGAGGAAGGGGGAGUGGGCGGGGAGGCGGUGAUUAGGAACGUGGGGUUGCAGGGGGGGGUGUUUGAGGUGGUGAGGCGGCAGCAUGGCAUGGUGCGGUUCAACUGCGCUGACUCACUCGACCGCACCAACGCUGCUAGUUUCUUCGGUGCGCUGCAGGUGAGGCAGCUUAAAAAGGUUUUGGGGCCGUGCAGGUGGGACAGGCAGAGUAGAGCAUGUGGUUUGGGGGGAAGCUUUGAGGUGGUGAGGCGGCAGCAUGGCAUGGUGCGAUUCAAUUGUGCCGACUCUUUGGAUCGCACCAACGCUGCUAGCUUCUUCGGUGCCCUGCAUUGCCAGCACCUGGGAAUAUCCCUGGACGCCGCAUGGGCUAGAGGCGGCGGAGCAGGAGGGGGGGUGGGUACCAUGCCAGGCAGAAGCACAGGAGGAGCAGCAGCUGGAGGCUUUGGGAGCGAGUUCUCCCAGUAUUACAGUGCAGCGUUUGGGGGAGGGGACGGGGGAGGGGGAACGGGAGGAGGAGGAGGAGCAGGAGGAGCAGGAGGAUGGAGUGGAGGUGCGACCAGGGCGCCAACACAGGAGGAGGAGGAGGAUGCACUAGCAGCAGCGCUGCCUCCCGGGUGGGAGAUGCGGCGAGACCCGUCUCGCAGCAAGGUGUUCUACAUCGACCAUAACACCCGCAAAACCACUUGGACCCACCCCUGCCCGCCCCCUCCUCGCGUUGCUACCUUCCCCACUUCCUCUUCCUCCUCCUCCUUUCCCAAUUCGCAGCAGCAGCAGCAGCAGAAUCAGCACCCGCCGCUCCCCUCGACUCUCUCUCACGCCUGGGCCUCUCUCGACAUGAGUGUGCGGGAAUUCCAAGCCACAGUGCUCCCAUCCGCCGUCACAGCCGUAGCAGACCUCUUUUCAAUAGCUGGUGACGUGCACGCCACGCUCUACACCGGCUCACGGGCCAUGCACUCCCAUAUCAUCCACAUUUUCAGCAGCGAUCCUAGCAAGGCCAAGAAAGGCGCGGCCGCCAGCGCGACAAACAUCGGAAUUUCCCUCCAGAGGCGGUUUUUGAACCUGGUUUGGGAUGCUACCAGGCAGAGGCAGCUCGAGGUUUUUCUUGGGCUGCGCCGGCACAAGUAUUUUUCCUUCGCGCUGCCCGACCGCCCGCUCCUGACCGUCUCCCUGCCGUCCUCCCCCGGAGGAGGCUCGGGGCACGCGCACGUCCUCCGACCGGUCCCGAGCCUGUUCCCAAGCCUGUACCGGACCGACGCGCUGAUCAGUUCGUAUGGUGCCGGUGCUGCCGCCGGUGCUGGUGCCGGUGGUGCCGGUGCGGGCAGUAAGGGGAUGGUGUGGGUGGUACCGGGGUGGGUGCCACUGGUGGAGGUGCAUGUGAGUGUGGCGCUGCCCUGCCAUGUCACCCACGUGCUACUCACUGUCGCCCAUGGGGCAGACGACUCUCUUGCUCCGCCCCGCUUUGAUGUGCGCGUUGGAAGGACCAUCGACUCGCUGCAUCUAGUUGCUGAGGGUCUCACCAUCCCCCGCUGCGCCAGCGGCACAGUCCUGCAGUACCCCCUCCCUCCUCCCAAGCCCACCCGUCCUUCUGCUUCCACUCCUGCUGCUCCUGCUUCAGGGGUAACCACCGGGGGGACGCUGGGCUAUGGGGGAGCCGGGUCUGGCUCAGCCCCAGUGUUUGUGGAGGGAUAUAUAGGGCAGCAAGGCAGUGUGUAUCAGCAGCAGCAGGGAACUGGUUUUCAGCAGCAGCAGCAGCAGGGUGUGUAUGAGAGGGGAGGGGCGGUGUCCUCGUCUCUGCUGUACGAUUACACAGAGGAGGGCGAUGGGAGAAUCGACUUCUUGACCCGCUUUGUCUCGCUCACCUUCUACCCGCCUGCUGCUGCAUCUGCUGCUUUUGGCGGUGCCAGCGGCGGUGGCGGUGGCGGUACCAGCAGUUCCGGUUCCCCAAUGACUCUGGGACAGAUCGAGAUCCUAGGCAUAGCGCCCACACGCCAUGACUUUCAGCGCAUUCCCUCUCUCUCCUCCUCCUCCUCCUCCUCCUCCUCCUCCUCCUCCUCCUCCUCCUCCUCCUCCUCCUCCUCUUCCUCCCACCGUCCAACUGGUCAGGUUGAUCCAUUCAGUUCUGGAUUCACCGACCCGUUUGCUUCGUCCACCAACCCUUUCGCCGAGCCUGCUCCCGGACCUGGCUCAGAAGCUCUGGGACCUGCUGCCGAGGCUAAUCUGUGGGCCUCCUUUAACCCCCCGGCAGUCAGCCAACCAGCAGCUGCCACGUGGCACCCUCUCAUGGCAUCAGAAGCUGACUCACCGUCAUCCCCACCCCACAGUCCAGAAGGGCUCAAUCAAAGGGAGCAGCAGCAGGGGAGCAGUAUAUUUGCUUCCCAGCAGGCAGCAAGGGAGCAGGGGAGCUACACAGGGGUCAACUCUGAGAGCUCUCAAAAGUCUUACGAGCGUUCUCAACAAAGCGGUGUGUUUGAUUCUCUUGAAGGGGAAGGUGUCUCCCAAGGGAGGCGGGGUGUUGGCGCGCAUGUGACUGGAACAGGUGUAGCAGUGGGGCUAGGUGAAAGGGAAGGGGGAGGAGGGAGGGGAGGUGGGAGGGAAGGGGUGGGGGAGAAGGGGCAGGAAGAGGAGAGGGAGGAGGAGGAGGUGGAGAGGAUAGUGAGAAUAGCCCGGGCGGUCAGUGAAGACGUGUGUGAGCAAUGGGGUGCUGCUGCUUUUGGGCAGCUGCUACAAAAAGUUUUGGUGCCCAAGAAGCUGCAGGCUCGGCGGCGGUGCGACAGGCUCGGGAGAGCCGUGGCUGAGGCUCGGGACUGGGGCUGUGCCGGUUUGGAUGGAGUGAGGAGCAACGAGACGAGAAUGGAGAGGAGGGAAGGGAGGGCAGGGAGGCGGGGGGAGGAAGGGAGGGAUGGGGGGGAGUGGCACGAGCCACCUGUAGUACCAGUGAUGUCGAGAGGAGGGUACGGGGGAGAGAGUGGGGUGGGGGAAAUGUCUUUGGCAGAGCUGCCACACGCUGGGCUGCUGUUCUCGGUACGUGCUGCUGCUGUUCAUGGUCCCCUCGUGCGCCUCAGCAGCCCCCGCCAGCUCUCUCCUCCUCCCCGCGUCUUCUCCACGCCUGCCCUUGUGUCUCACCUCUACUCCCCCCCCCUUCUUCCUUCCCCCGCCUUCAUGCAGGUCCCCUCGUGCGCCUCAGCAGCCCCCGCCAGCUCUCUCCUCCUCCCCGCCUCCUCAACCUUCCCUCUCUCUCACGUCUGGCGAGCACCCUCCGACCUCACUGCUGUUCCCACGUGCACAUCAGCAGCCCCAGCCAACUCCCUGCUCCUCCCACCCUCAGCUCAUCCCGCUCCUCUCUCUCACGUCUGGCAAGCUCCCUCCGACCUCACUGCUGUGGAAAUCGCGAUAGUACUCUCCGCACCCGCACUUGUCUCCCGCGUUGUGCUGCACUCGGGCCUGCCUCAGUACACGCCCCAUCACACCCCCAAGGUCCGCAUUUCCCUCAGCACCACCAUCGACCAAUCAGAACGUACCACAAUAGGCCUCUGGGACCUCCCCUCCACAGCAGCUGCCGCCCGUUCAGACACCAAAUCAAAUCCCGAAUCCGAGCUGAUCUUAUCCUACACCCUGACCGCCGCCCCCUGUCGGAUCAUCUGGCUGAAAUUUCUCCUGCCCGAAGUCCGCCAGCCGGGCACUCCAGCAUCCUGCAUCUGGGCUCGCAGAAUCCGCGUUUACGGGCAGAAAACAUUUGGUGACCCGACAGGAAUUGAUCCCGUGACCUCCAGUGGGGCUGCUGCUGUGCCCAUGGGAGCAGUCGUUGGUGGUGCCUCUGGUGCUGCUGUUGGGACUAUGGGGCCUGCAGGUGUUUCUGCUGCUGCAGGUGCUGCUGGUGCUGUCGGUGCUGCUGCUGGUGGCACGAGUCGGUGGGAGUAUCAGCAGUUUCUCGAGGCCCCAGCUACCAUGAGCCGAUCGCGGACCCCAGUGGAAGGGGAAAGAGUGUGGGCAGGAGGAAGGAUCCUGGAACUUCUCCUGCCCCUCUCCUCUCCUCCAAUCUCGGGCAUCCGACUUGACGCGCUCCCAUUGGACCGUUCCGCUGGAAUGUUUCUUUCGCUGCCCGGGGCAGCUGACGGCGGCCCGCUGGCUCGGGCGGCGCGGGGCGGGUUCAUAGAUGAGUGGGCGGUGUUCGUUGUCCCGUUCCGACUCAGGGUAUCCGCCCGGCAGGAUUCCUUUGGCCCUGCCACAGUCAUCACGGAAUUUAUUCUGCCCUCUGCCCGGCCCAACACGCCUCUCUAUUUCGACUUCUCUCGACCAAUCGCGGGCAUCCGAAUCCUUUCCAUUGAGCUCAUAGGCGAUCUCUAUUCUUCCAAAGAAGAUUCUACCAGCACCAUCACCACCCCUUCCUCUUCUGCCGCUUCCUCCUCCUCUCUCUCCCCUGCCCCUGGGUUUGCUCCCAAUGCUGCUGCCACCACAACAGCAGCAGCACCAGGGGCGGAUAUAGAGGUGCCUCUGGGGCCAUUAUCACUGGCAGGCCGUGUUAGAGCGUAUCGCUAUGCUCCUGCGGGUGACAUGGCAGGAUGGUCUCAGCUGGCUGGCGUGUGA